GUGGUCAAGGCUUCGGUCUGCGCAUGCGCGCAGGACAGCAUUUGUCGCGCUCAAGCAGAAGACUCGACGCUGUCAAGGAAACACGCACGCUGGGCGCAUCGUUCCGUGAUUUACAAACAACUGAACCUGCCUCGCGCACCGUUAUCCACAUCAGUCGUUGCAGAAAAUAGCAGUUAAGCGAUGCAUGCGAUGUAACAAUACAGAGGGAGAGGAAAAUAAGGACCGAAAUCACAGAGACGCCGCGCCAGCGUUUGGUAUAUACAGCAGUAGUCAGUCAUGCCGCUGGUGAAGAGGAGUAUCGAGCCCAAGCACCUGUGUCGAGGAGCUCUGCCUGAUGGAGUGCCCAGUGAACUGGAGUGUGUCACCAACAGCACCCUGGCAGCCAUCAUCAAACAACUGGGCAGCCUGAGUCGUCAUGCAGAGGACAUCUUUGGAGAGCUGUUUAAUGAAGCCAACAGUUUCUACAUGCGUAUGAAUAACCUGCAAGAGAGAGUGGACCUGCUGGCUAUCAAAGUCACCCAGCUGGACUCCACUGUGGAAGAGGUCUCUCUGCAAGAUAUCAACAUGAGGAAGGCCUUCAAGAGCUCCACCAUUCAGGACCAACAGGUGGUUUCCAGAAACUCCAUCCCUAAUCCUGUGCUGGAGCUGUACCACCGUGGAGACAAACCUCCCCCUCUCAAUAUUCUCAGCCCUUACAGAGAUGAUAAGAAGGAUGCCCUGAAAUUCUACACGGACCCCUCCUACUUCUUUAUCCUCUGGAGGGAAAAAAUGUUGCAAGCCACGGAGGACAAGAGAAAAGAAAAGAGAAGACAGAAGACCAGCGGCUCAGGCCAGACUCACUCAGACCAGACUAAGUCCCACACCAGACAGGCCCAUCUCAGAAGCCCCCUACUAUCCUCCGAGCAGCAGAAGCAGGUGGAGGACCCCAGUCGUGAGGUGAAAAAGGUUCGUAAGGCUCGGAAAACGUAGGCAGGGGAGUGGAACGUAAUGGCGUAUGAUAAGGAGUUCCGCCCAGACGCCCGCUUCACG